UUAGAAGAAAAAAAAAAAAAGUAAAAUACUACUGAACUCUGCACUCUACAGAACCAUUAUGACAUGGGCACAACGGGAACCAAAAGCUCAGAAAUCAUGAAAGUUAUUCUAAUAACUGAAGCCCAAAGUUUUGGCAGAGCAGUUGGGACUUGGGAGAACUAGUCAUAGUAGCCCCUCCUCCUUUCUUGGCACUUAACCGAAUCGUUAGUCUGUUUAAAACCCACACAUAAAAGAGCUCCGGAGAAAAGAAAAACAAACCAAAGGUAAUCUAAUUUUGGUCUUUCAAAAUCCCUUUUGUGAUUGAACUGUUUCAUAGCCAUUUGCCUUCUCCAUGGCAUCAAAGCUGCCUCAAUUGCAAGGCAAGGCAAGUUCUGUAGCCAAGAAUGGACUUGCUUUCUACAAGCAGCUGUUGGAACAAAACAAGCAUUUUGUUCAGGAUCCACCAACAGUUAAGAGAUGCCAAUUGCUGUCAAAUCAACUGCUUUACACUCGCCUUGCCAGUAUUCCAAGUCGCUGCGAAGCAUUCUGGAAGGAAGUUGGCUCUCUAAAGAAUCUAAUGAAGGACAAGCAAGAGUUCAAUAAAGAGAAUGCUGGGCUGAUUGCUUUAUUUGGACUAGAGUGCUUCGCUUGGUUUUAUGGCGGUGAAAUCAUUGGAAGAGGCUUUACGCUUACUGGUUACCAUGUCUGAUUUCAAGUUGUCCACAAUGGUCACAUUUUAGGCAAACCCGUAUAAAAAUAUCACCAGCUUAUGAUGACUUUGAUUUCCUAUUUGAAGUUCACAUUGCAGAAUUCUGUUUUUUUCAUGAAGUGAAAGCUGAGGUGCCAUGGCAGCAAUGAGCAAACACUAGCAGCAUAUUAAUCCUGUGUCCUUUCUUGAUCAAAUGGGUUUUCAUGUGCUAGGAAAUUGAUAACUUAAUUAAGCUUUUCUUAAGGGUUUGUAACAUGAAGGAGAAUAAAUUCACUGUUGAAAAUAAUAGCUUGAGAAUAUAACAAAAAAGAAGAAAAGAGUACAAAAUGAAGUGGUUAAUGUGACUUCUAGUGUCAUUUUCAAUAUCCCAACAUGAAGCAAGUAAGGAGUGGCAUCUUUUUUUUUUGAUUCUCCUUAAUAUUUAAUCCUUUUCCAGAGA